CAUGUCUUCAUUAAUUUUAGCAAUUUCUUUGUGUUCUGUCUGACAAAACCUGCAAUUUUUCUUCAGGAGGCAAGACAUUAACCUUUUUCUCUCCAAUCCUGCGCUCUUUCUUGCUUUUCCUGUUCCAUACCAUUCGGAUCUCGAAGAACUACAGUAGAACGAGCGUGUAAGAUUCAAAUCGAAGAUCUCCCAUAUGAACUAGAAAUUCAUAGUUUUUUCGAGUGACCCAAAUCUCGUGAUAGCAUCCUUGUCAUUUCGGACAACGAUUCUUCGUUCUCUUUCGCAGUUCGCGAGCUUAUGUCUCUCUCUCUCUCUCUCUCUCUUGCCGGAAUGAUGAUGAGAUCCUGAUUCAACCAUGCACGAGGAUGAGGCUUUCAUCGCCUGAAUAGCCUCUGUUUUGUUCAUCUCUCUCUCACCAAAUAUAGGUACCCGCUUUUUCUUUCGGUCAGUUUGAUGCCCUAGUGAGAUUUUUUAGCUGCCAAUUUCUUCUCUUUCGAAGAAGGAAAGUGCUUGAUUUUGAUCCACCACAAUCCCACUCUCACCUGUUUCAGACAUUGGAAACUUCCCACGAUUCCCCAAUGCCGCUCCCAACGGAUCCUCGUUGGAGUAGAUAGGGUUUUGUGCCGCUUCUUUUAGGCGUCAGUGCUCUUUAUUUAACUUAAAGGAACGAUCUUUAAGGCUUUUGAUUCGAACCCUCUUUCUCCAUUGAUCUCCACUUUGUACUUUUUGAGUUGCCCUCCACAAUGCUCAAGCAAUUUCUGAGUAAAAUCUCCAGGAGAACGCCCAGGUUGGACCCGGGCGGGUUGAUUCAGUCCGCUUCAGGCUCUCCCGAUGGAGCUCAGAAAUCAGGUGGUGGCAAUUCGUCUUCUGCUCGAUCCAGCGCACCGAGGCGCGCCUCCUCUGUGGUGUUCCCCGCCAGCGUGAUAGCCGGGAUCGAGCCCUUGGUGCCCUUCAAAGAUGUCCCGGCGUCGGAAAAGAUGAAUCUCUUGGUGAGUAAACUGAGCCUUUGCUGUGUAACAUUCGAUUUCACGGACCCAGCGAAGAAUACCAUGGAGAAAGAUGUUAAGAGGCAAAUCCUGAUCGAGAUUUUGGAAUUCGUAGAAUCUGGAUCUGUCAGGUUUGCCGAACCCGCAGUUCUAGCGAUGUGCAGGAUGUGUGCUAUUAAUUUGUUCCGGGUGUUUCCACCUAGUUAUCAGUCCAAUUCGACUGGUAGUGGCAGCGAGAACGACAACGAUGAUCCGCAGUUCGAUCCUGCUUGGUCACAUUUGCAGGUGGUGUACGACAUACUGCUUAAGUUCGUUACCUCGUCUUGUCUGGAUAUAAAAGUCGCUAAGAAGUAUAUCGACCAUGCUUUCAUUUUGAGAUUGCUCGAUUUAUUUGAUUCUGAGGAUCCUAGAGAAAGGGAGUUUUUGAAGACUGUGUUGCAUAGAAUUUAUGGGAAAUUUAUGGUUCAUAGGCCUUUCAUAAGGAAGUCCAUAAGCAGUAUAUUCUACCGGUUUGUGUUUGAGACUGAGAAGCAUAAUGGGAUUGCUGAAUUAUUGGAGAUUUUCGGAAGUGUGAUCAGCGGGUUUGCGUUGCCUCUAAAAGAGGAACACAAGAUCUUCUUUUCGAGGGUUGUAAUUCCUCUGCACAAGCCUAAGUCUUUGGCCGUGUACUUUCAACAGCUAUCGUAUUGUAUAAUGCAAUUUAUAGAGAAGGAGCCUAGGUUAGCCAGUAUUGUUAUAAAGGGGUUAUUGAAGUAUUGGCCAAUAACAAACAGCCAGAAGGAAGUGAUGUUCUUGGGUGAGAUAGAAGAGAUCCUGGAAACGAUUAACACGGUAGACUUUGAAAAGGUCAUGGUCCCACUUUUCUUGCGGAUCAGUUAUUGCAUCAACAGCUUCCACUUCCAGGUGGCUGAGAGGGCCCUUUUCUUAUGGAACAAUGAGCAAAUUGUCGGGUUGAUAGCGCACAACAGGCAGGUGAUCAUGCCCAUCGUGUUCCCGGCCCUAGAGAAGAAUGCUCGGGGCCACUGGAAUCACGCGGUGCUCAAUCUGACCCUCAGCGUGAAGAGGAUGUUCGCGGAGAUGGACGAGGAAAUGUUCUUGUCCUGCCUAGCUCAGUCUCAGGAAGACGAGGAAAGGCUAAGGCUAGCGGUGGAGAAGCGGAAUGCGGCAUGGGAGAGAUUAGAAACCGCGGCCAGUCUCCAGCCAGUAGGUCGAAAUAGCGCCAUCCUCGUUUCUCCCUUAGCAACCUCAAUUGCUUGCUAAACUGCGUCUCCAGACCUUUUCCAUUUUUGUCGCUCCCUGGUUUCUAUGUACCCAGUGUAUCGAAAAGGGGAGGUUUUAACUGGGAAAAGGCUGUUCUUUCUUGUGCUCCUGCUUUUCUCCUUUUUUCUCGGGUAGGAUCUUCCGACAGGCGACGCGGUAAUCUGUCCCGUGUAAGGCAUUCCGAGUGCCCGGCUGUUCGUUUCUCCUAAGAAUCGAAUAUGGACGCAUGGUGCUGCUGCGGCUUGUUCCUCUGUAUGCUGAUGGCUUCACA